GAUAAAUGUUGAAUUGCAUCUUUAUAUACAAUCCGUUGAAAUGAACGAGCUGGAUAUACAUUCUAAAACCAAGCGGACAAGCAAGGAGCAAUUAGAUUGCUAUCUUGCUUUUGUUAGGAGCCAUCCAGAAAUCAAGCUCCACAAAAAUGAUCCUACGUGCCCAAAAAGGAUUGAGGAGCUGUGGAAGGAGAUCGCGGAGCAGCUUAACGCUCUUAAAGGCCCAAAACGAACAGCGGCUAAAUGGAAAGAUUCGCUAAACCAUUGGAAAAAUCAAAUCAGAAGCAGAGCUAGGAAGUCAAAGGCUGAUCGACUAGUGACAGGUGGAGGUCCCCGGUUGCAAGAGGAGUUGACAGAGAGGGAGAAUCUCGCUUUGGAAACGCUCGGGUCAGUCGUGGUCGACGGAAUGCCAGAUAUUCCAAAUAUUGGGGCCGAGAGCGAAAUAGUAAUUACUAACGACCCCGUGACUCCUUCUGUGGAAUCAACCGACGAGUCACUUAACAGUCCACGACCUUCACGUCGCCGCAAAACCAAUUCGGAUGACUUGAUCAAACAAAUGAUUAAAUCCUUGAACGAAAGGAACGAGGAAGAAAAACAAUUUAGAGAGCGAAGUCUUAACUGCAUGGAACAGUUUUGUAACUCCAUGAACAACGUGGCCAAUGCUAUUCUAGCUUUAUCGCAAGCCGUUGUAAAUAAAGACAAUAAUAAUACAUAA